CUGCUCGGCGACAAAGGGAGGAGAUGUGAGCUGGAAGAUCCCAUUACGGUUUAAAAUGGUAGAAAGAAAAGCGUAGGAAGCGAUAGGCCUGCGCCCCCCUCCCUCAAAGACCGAUUCUGUCGUAGACUAGCCCGCCUUUCACUUAGAGCAGACUCAAAGGCUGCUCGCCGGGAAAUGGAGAAGAAAAGGUGGGAUUGCAGUGCUCUCCCAAAAGGCUGGAAAAUGGAAGAAGUGACCAGAAAGUCGGGUUUGUCAGCCGGGAAAAGCGAUGUCUAUUACUUUAGCAGAGGAGAAGAACAAGAUGAGGAGCAAAGGCAAGACAGGGGGGAGGCGGGUCGUUUGUAUAGUUUGUGUCCAUCUGGAAAGAAGUUUCGAAGUAAGCCUCAGCUGGCCCGUUACCUUGGUAACCAGAUGGACCUCAGCUCCUUUGAUUUCCGCACGGGGAAGAUGCUGAUGAGCAAGCUGAACAAAAACCGGCAGCGACUGCGAUACGACAACAACAACCAGAACAAGGGCAAACCGGACCUCAACACCUCCCUCCCAGUCAGACAGACAGCCUCCAUCUUCAAGCAGCCCGUUACCAAGGUUACCAACCACCCCAGCAACAAAGUGAAGACGGAUCCUCAGAAAGCCGUGGACCAGCCUCGACAGCUGUUCUGGGAGAAGAAGCUCAGCGGCCUGAAUGCGUACGACAUCGCCGAGGAGCUGGUGCGGACGAUGGAGCUGCCCAAAGGACUGCAAGGCGUGGGUCCCGGCUGCACGGAUAAAACGCUGCUGUCGGCAAUAGCCAGCGCACUCCACACCAGCGCCGCCCCCAUCACCGGGCAGCUGUCUGCCGCCGUGGAGAAGAACCCGGGGGUGUGGCUUAACACCGCCCAGCCGCUGUGCAAGGCCUUCAUCGUGACUGAUGAGGACAUCAGGAAGCAGGAGGAGCUGGUGUACAGCGUGAGGAAAAGGCUGGAGGAGGCGCUCAUGGCUGACAUGCUGGCCCAGGUGGAGGAGGCCACCCAGGAAGGAGAGCCCCCGAAGGAGGAGGGCAACAGCAGCGAGGACAUGGAGACCGUAUAGCUGCGGGGUGGGGGUGGGGGGCUUUAUUGUGCAGGUGGAGUCCAGCUGUCAGGAAGACCCGCCCAGCAUCGGCGUCCACAUCAACCCAAACCUCCAUCCAGGACGGCUCGGCACCGGCUUCUCCCUCAUCAGAACCGGGGCGGCAGGGGCUCCUGGCUGCAUCCGUGAGCCCAGAUCAUCGUAGACGUGGAACAAAAAGAUACAAACCAACAAAGGACACACUUUUACCGACGAGUAUCCGUCAGUGGCAUUCGGCGAGCGGCGCAUUUUUACGGAGAAGUUUGUAUAUUUGUGACAAUCAUGAAAAUCAAACACGUCAACAGCAGAUCGUCUUUUAGGGUCCGUUGGAGAACGGGUUUUUGUACUUUUGACUUUUUGUAGAUGUAAAUUUGUUUGUGUGCUCCACAAGUAAUCUGAUUCCACCAGUAACCUGGUUCCACUGGUGAUCCGGUUCCACCAGUGACCCGGUUCCACUGGUGAUCCGUUUCCACCAGUAACCUGGUUCCACUGGUGAUCAGGUUCCACCAGUGACCCGGUUCCACUGGUGAUCCGUUUCCACCAGUAACCUGGUUCCACUGGUGAUCAGGUUCCACCAGUGACCCGGUUCCACUGGUGAUCAGGUUCCACCAGUGACCCGGUUCCACUGGUGUUCUGAUGUCUGAGCGGCACGCCUCCAUCUGAUGCUUGAACCAUUAAAGCUGUGGUCAGAGGCAUCACUUUAACCAGAACUUCA